AUGCGGAUUUCUUUUCUCCCUGCGCUUUUGGGCGUUUUCGCUUUAUCCGGUGCUGCACAAACCUCGGACAAAUGCCCGCAAGCCACGGGAGCCGUCGCCUCUCACUCUAAUUGCCGCUGUUUUCCAGGGGACCCUUGCUGGCCGUCAACACAGAAAUGGGGCGAAUUGAACGCCACAGUCUCUGGAAAAUUGAUCGCUACAGUUCCCCUCGGCGCUCCUUGCCAUGCACCCGAUUACGAUGCAUCCAGAUGCCAGUAUAUCAAGGAAAAUUGGCACUCUCCUGAACUCCAGUAUGUGGACCCCCCUCCAUCUCUGUCCCGAGAACCCCCAAUGGGUAGAGCCAAGUUACUGAUCGAUCAUUGCAGCGACAAAUCCUCGAGUUCAAUUAUGGCCUCAUUCUACGCUAACAGGAGCUGCGAUCCUUUCAUGCCCGUUGACAGUCCAUGUCAGGUUGGUGCUUAUGUUCGCUAUGCCAUCAAUGUCACUGAGCCGGCGGAUAUUAUUGCGGGCAUUGAAUUUGCCAAGAAGAAUAAUGUUCGCCUGGUCAUCCGCAAUACGGGUCAUGAGUAAGCAUGACCUCUCUUCUAGUUAACUAAUUGGAUACGGGUUAAUUUGGUUGUUUCAUGUAGCUUUCUUGGUAAGUCCUCCGGACCUGGAUCACUGUCUCUCUGGACCCACCACCUUAAGGAUAUCGAAUACAUCCCUGAAUACAAAUCGGAGGCCUAUCAUGGGCCAGCGCUCAAGGUUGGCGCCGGAGUCCAGGGUAUCGAGGCGUUUACCGCUGCGGACAAGAACGGUGUCGUUGUUGUCGGAGGCGUGUGCCCUUCGGUCGGUAUUGCCGGUGGAUACACUCAGGGUGGUGGCCAUUCAAUAUUGAUGGGCAAGUAUGGUCUCGGGGCUGAUCAGACCCUUGAGUUUGAGGUUGUGACUGGAGAGGGCAAACAUGUCAAUGCAAGCAAGACCGAGAAUACGGACUUGUAUUGGGCCCUCAGCGGUGGUGGUGGAAGUACAUACGGUGUUGUCACCUCCAUGACUGUCAAGGCGCACAAAGAUGCCCCCAUGGCCGUCGCAGAGUAUUCCUUCAGAACUAGCACUGAUGAUGCCUCUAUGGAUAAAUUUUACGACGCUCUCGACUUUCUCCACCAAAUGGCCCCCGGGUACUUUGACCGCGGUGGCUACAGCUUCAAUAUCUACUCUAAGGGAUCCUUGCCUCUUGGCUAUUUCUUCGGCCCCGAGUGGACCAAGGAAGAUACAGCUGCCUUUUUCCAACCAUGGGUUGAGAGGCUUGAGUCUCUUGGCUUGCAAUACUCUCUCAACAUCACCGAGCACCCCAGCCAUCUUGCUGCCUAUAACUCGAUGAACAACCCCGAAACCAUAGGAGCCUCACAGUCUGGCGGUCGCAUAAUCCCGAAAGGCACUAUCCUCAACAAGCGGGCCCAAUUCAAUCAAGUUAUCAAGAAUAUCGUUGAAGACGGAGCCGACAUGCUCGAGAUCGUGGCUCACCCCACCUUGGAGGUUGCCGGGAAUCCAGAUAAUGCCGUUCUCCCCGCUUGGCGUGAUAGCGCAAUUUUCCUUAUUGUCGCGAUGUUAGUAUUUCAUUUUCUCGAUUUUGAUUUUGAUUCUGAUCUUUUUUCCAAAAAAAGAAACAUCUGGAAACUAACGUGGAUUUUUCUAGCCCUUUUAACGACACCGUAGAAUGGUCUCAGAUGCUCGAAGAUCAAAAGACUAUCACCAAGUGGGGCGGACUGUUGCGCGAGUUGGCUCCCGAAUCCGGCGCCUAUAUGAACGAAGCCGAUGCCAACGAGCCCAACUUCAAACGCGAGUUCUACGGAAAAAACUAUGCCAGACUCCUCUGUGUCAAGAACAGGUACGAUCCUGCUGGUAUCUUCUAUGCCCUUACGGCAGUGGGAAGUGAUGCCUGGACUCAGAGCCCCGAUGGAAGACUCUGUAAAACCAAUCCCUAG